AUGGGUUAUUUGCAUUCGCGGGAGAGCUACGUGAGGCUGCAGGGCCGGCGGUGGCGGCGUGGGGCGAGGGGGUUCCGGCUGUGCCCGAGGAACCGGUUCUCCGUGCGGCGGCUGCGGUCCGAGCUGCUGACGUUCCUGGGCAUCGUCGGCCGGUACGUGCGCCUGCUCGUGAGGAGGCUGUCGCGCCGCGGCGGCAGCGGCAGGAACAGCUGCUCACGGAGCGGCAGCAGAAAGGUUCUCGUCGGGGCUGGGAAAGACGCGGCUUCGGCGGCGGCAAACGAGGCGCCGUCGUUCGUGCGGUCCAACUCGUUCUACGCGCAGGCGAUCGCCGACUGCCUCGAGUUCAUCAAGCGCAACUCCGUGCCGGUUGAAGACUACCGCAGCGUCAGCGCCAGGAGAUCAUAGGCCUUAAUUAGAGGCUCCGUUUUUUAACAAGGAAAAACUGUUGCUACAAAAUUUGAGUGUAAC